AUGUUCCGGAAGCGCCUGAGUGUCAUGGCGGCGUUGGUCAGAGCUGUGAAGUGCCAGACUGAAAUGCCUCAAUGGAUUACAGUAUGCAGUGGAUUAAUACAAUCAACCUUGCCGCAAGCACAGUGGGACAGAAUGCUCUAUGGCACUCUUCAGCAGAGGCAUGAGACUGGCCAACCCCAGCUGAAUAAAGUAUGUGGUGGAUUGAUACAAACCAGUGGUGCAAUAAUACAGCAAAGGAGAAUGCUUCACAGCACUGAUCAGUUUCUUGCUGCAAAAGAUUCCCUGCAGCCAUCUGAAGAGAAAGUGGGUGCCUUCACAAAGAUAAUAGAAGCAAUGGGAUUCACAGGACCACUGAAAUAUAACAAAUGGAAGAUUAAGAUAGCGGCUCUGCGCAUGUACACUUGCUGUGUGGAGAGAACUGACUACGAGGAAUUCUUUCACAGGUGCCAUAUGCCUGAUACAUUGAACUCUUGGUUUCUAAUAGCCCAACUUCAUGUCUGGAUGUGUCUGGUACGAAUGAAACAGGAGGGUCGAGCUGGAAAAUACAUGUGUCGCUAUAUAGUUCAUUCUAUGUGGGAAGACGUUGAACAGCGUGGUAAGGUGAUGGGGAUUGAUUCUUUUACUCUAAAACAAAGCAUGAGAAGCAUGACAGAAAAUUUCUAUGCAGCUAUAUUUGGAUAUGAUGAGGGGAUUUUGUCUGAUGACCACGUACUGGCAGCAGCCCUAUGGAGAAACCUUUUCAGCAAGCACUGUGAGGACCCCAGGCAGCUGGAACUGCUAGUGGAGUAUGUGCGCAAGCAGAUGCAGUACCUGGAUGCUAUAAAUGGAGAGGACCUGCUACUGACUGGUGAAGUGAAUUGGCGCCCUCUUGUGGAGAGUAAUGCCCAAAGCAUCCUGAAGCCAACUUCCCCAGCGUAUAAUGAUGAAGGACUCUGAGACCUUCAUCAGUCAAUGAACAAUGUGUUAAACUUUCAUUCUGUGGGGUACCCAAGAAGGGAAGGAAUAAAUAUUUGCUGUUGAAAGAAUAUAUUUAAAUAAAUAGCCUUUUUGUAUUGAUUUACAUGUUGGUAAACCUGACAGCAGUACUCUUUUGAAUAUUUUAUCUAGGAUUAAAUGCUGCUAGUUCAUUUGAGGAAUGCCUGGCUGUUGCAGAAGUAUAAAGUUGACCCUGUAGAUAGGUUCUGAGAGACAGCAUCCAUCUUUUGAAAACCAAAUAUCUUACCAAAAGUGAUAGGUACCUCAAGAACAGGGUUCUCUGCUCUUAAUCUGGCAAGAGGGGAGCAACUUCACACAAAUACAAUGACAUUACUUUUUCUGCUCCAUGAAGUUGCUAAGCACAAGGCUGAGUUCUGCAUGUUCUGAAUGUUGAUAUACCUCUAUCCUGGCUUUGGGAGACAUAGUCUAUUUUUGCAUUAAAAUGCUUGGGAAUUGGCUGAGAAGAUCUUGAAAUGAUUUUCGAUUAAAGCCCAGUUUAGGGUCAGACUGUGACU